AUGUGUGGACGCUACGUGCUGUCGAUGGCUCCCUCGGUGAUACGCCGGCAUCUCGAAAACCAGAACAUGCCGGCAGAGCAAGCCCCCGAUGAUGAGGAUGAUCGCAUCCGACAGACGUACAACUUCGCGCCUGGAUAUCAUGGCCUGAUCUACAGGGCGAAUACUGCAGACCGAGGUGCUGGCAGUAAUGACGACAACGUAGACAACGGUAAUGCUGAUGGAGGUCCGUCGCCAAAGAAGGCGAAUGAGGCCAAUGUGCCAUCGCAACCAACAGUAGACGGACGAGCAACACGCGAGACCAAGUACAAGCUGCAGGCAGCACGGUGGGGUCUCAUCCCGUUCUGGACGAAGAGAGCACCGGAUUAUGGCAGCCAGAUGAAGACCAUCAACUGCCGUGAUGACAGCUUGAUCGAGAAUCGUGGCAUGUGGAAUACGAUGAAGCAGCGGAAACGCUGUAUCGUUAUCGCAGAGGGCUUCUACGAGUGGUUGAAGAAGAACAAUGGCAAGGAGAAGAUACCUCAUUUCACCAAGCGCAAGGACGGCCAGUUGAUGUGCUUUGCGGGCCUAUGGGACAUGGUCCAGUAUGAAGGCAGCGAGGAGAAGCUCUACACAUAUACUGUCAUUACAACGGACUCCAACAAGCAGCUAAAGUUCUUGCACGAUCGAAUGCCAGUCAUCCUCGAGCCUGGUAGCGAGGCAAUGAAGAUGUGGCUGGACCCGAACAAUGUCGGGUGGUCGAAGGAGCUUCAGAGUCUGUUGAAGCCAUAUGAUGGAGAGUUGGACUGUUACCCGGUGGACAAAGGCGUGGGUAAGGUUGGAAACAACAGCCCGUCGUUUGUGAUCCCAGUCGACAGCAAAGAGAACAAGAAGAACAUUGCCAACUUCUUUGGAAACCAGAAGGCUACGGCGAAAGAUGUAGCCGCCAAGAACGAGGUCGCGAAGAAGGCGGAAGAAGUCAAAACAGAAGGUGCAGAUAUCAAGCAGGACCCGGAGGAGAAUCGUGGUACCACAACGAAGGCCGAGAACACCGAAGACAACGCACCCUUGCCCAAACCGGAUGGUGUCUCUGAGGAAGAGAUGUCACAGAGUAUCAAUCAAGACACCGCCGAGCUCGAAGACCAGGACAUGGUUGAUGCUGCCAAUGCGCAAGUAGAGAAGGGGAUCAAGCGUGAAAUCGAUGAGGUGGACGAUGAUGCUCUUCUUAAGGCUGCAGAGAGCCCGGUGAAGAAAGCGAUAAAGCUGGAACAACCAACACCAUCGCCUGUGAAGUCUACUGCAAAGACGCGAAGUGCCACGUCGAACAAUCAUAUCGCGAAGACGCCGACCAAGGGUAACGCGAAGAUCACGAGCUUCUUUGGAAGGUGA